AACCAUUCAUUUGGGGAGAUAAGGAUUGAGGUGGCCCACUGAAACUUGCAUCGAAUUUUCGGUGGUGAGGUGAAUAGGGGUUUUAAAAUCAAAUCCGUUCAAGAUAGUGAAUUGAGAAAGUUUCUCCUUCAAUUUUGAAAAGCACGCGAGGCAAUCCAGUGCGUCGGAGCCUAUCUAAGCCGUCAUCAUAAGACAGCUGGUCAUGGCUUCGAAUUCGCAAAAGGAUAUUCCGACCUCUUGCAGUCCCGAUGAAAAGAUUGUUACAACAGAGAGCAAAAGUCCAAAGUCAGAAUCAUCCUCUGUGGACACACAGACAGGACAAAGAAGACCAACCUCUGCAGGAGCUGGGUUUGCUGCAAAUCCUUUUGAUUUCUCAGCUAUGACUGGCCUACUUAAUGACCCUAGCAUUAAAGAAUUAGCUGAACAGAUAUCAAAGGAUCCUGCAUUUAACCAGAUGGCGGAGCAGCUCCAAAAGACUCUUCAUGGCGCAGCAGCUGAAGAUGAUAUCCCUCAAUUUGAUACGCAACAGUACUACUCAACCAUGCAACAGGUUAUGCAGAAUCCCCAAUUUAUGACGAUGGCUGAGCGCCUUGGUAAUGCAUUGAUGCAGGAUCCAUCAAUGUCCAGCAUGCUUGACAGCCUGACUAAUCCUUCUCACAAAGACCAACUUGAAGAACGAAUGGUGCGCAUCAAAGAAGAUCCAGCUUUGAAACCUAUCUUAGAGGAGAUAGAAACAGGAGGUCCAGCUGCAAUGAUGAGGUACUGGAAUGAUAAAGAUGUUCUACAGAAGUUGGGUGAAGCAAUGGGUGUUGCAGUCACAGGAGAUGCCGCUACCUCCACUGAAAAUUCUGGGCCAGAUGAAGCAGAAGAGCCAGGAAAUGAUGAUGAAUCCAUUGUUCAUCACACUGCCAGUGUUGGUGAUGUGGAGGGUUUGAAGAGUGCAUUGGCCUCUGGUGCUGAUAAAGAUGAAGAGGAUUCAGAGGGAAGGACAGCAUUGCAUUUUGCAUGUGGAUAUGGUGAGGUCAAGUGCGCACAAAUCCUCCUUGAGGCUGGAGCAAUGGUGGAUGCUUUGGAUAAGAAUAAGAACACUGCGCUUCAUUAUGCUGCUGGUUAUGGCAGGAAGGAGUGUGUAGCACUUCUGCUGGAACAUGGUGCUGCUGUUACUCUCCAGAAUUUGGAUGGUAAAACUCCCCUCGAUGUUGCCAAGCUGAACAACCAGCAUGAUGUACUGAAAUUGCUAGAGAAGGAUGCUUUCCUAUAAGCCAAGAGGCUUGUUGUGUACGUUGGGCCCUUUUUCCAUGUUAUAGAAUGUUAUUCUGUUGGAUAAAACCUGUUUGAUGAGCUCAGGGAUAUUGUCAUCCAACUUUGUGCUUUGUCUAUGUUAUGUUUUCUGCUGCCUGAUUGCUUA